AUGGACCGGAUUUUGAGUGAGAUGAAUGAGCUUCGGAAGGAAAUGCUUCAUUUGCCAGAGUUAUGCGCACAGAGGAUGAUUGAGAAACUGAACAAAACAGGCGUCUUCUACAAACCCGAUCAGUUCCGCACACCUUUUUACUGCACACCUGAGUACUUGGGUAGUUUCAAGGGUGAUAUGGAUGAUCCUAUCGAAAUACCUGAAGUAUCAGAUGAAAAAGCGACCACAUCUUUAGGGACGGACGAGAUCGCAUCGCAUGCAUCGCUUGGUUCUCAAGGAGUAGAAGAGGAAGUGGAGGAGGUUACUGGCAGGCGCAAGCGCAAAGGAUCACAACAUGUCAAGUCUCCUUAUGUGGUCCCUAAACCGAACAAGCGUGCAAAACGUUCUGCCAAAGGAAAAUUGUUCCAAAAUGGUGGUGUUAACAAAUCUAGUGAUGAGUAUGAUGUGGUGAAAGCGUCCAUCAAGUACGUGCGCGCGCAUGAGUAUUCACAAAAACAUGCCAAAACAGAAAUUUUCAAUGAUGGCACGGAAGAUGGUCUCAGUGUGCAGAGAGCUUGUCAGAUUAUUAACCAUGAGUGGCUAAGUGGCGACAUAAGUUAA